AUGAACAUCUUCCGAUUGGCGGGCGACUUUGCCCAUCUGGCGUCCAUCUUUAUCCUGCUGCAUAAGAUCCAACUCUCGAGAUCAUGUCGAGGCAUCUCGUUCAAAACCCAACUGCUCUACGCGAUCGUCUUUGUGACGCGCUACAUGGACUUGUUUCAUGAAACUUCGCUCUACCGUUUCUUGAUGAAGAUCUUCUUCAUCGGUUCGUCGGUCUAUGUCUUGUACCUGAUGAAGAUCAGGUUCCGACCGACGCACGAUCCUGCUAUCGACACGAUCAAGUUGGAGUAUCUCAUGGGUCCUUGCUUCGUUUUGGCAUUGCUCUUCCACUACCAUUUCGACUUUAUGGAGAUCAUGUGGACGUUCAGCAUCUACCUCGAGGCUGUGGCCAUCUUGCCUCAGCUCUUCAUGUUGCAGAGGACAGGCGAGGCAGAGGCGAUCACCACACACUACAUCUUUGCGCUCGGAGCGUAUAGAGCGCUCUACAUUCCCAACUGGCUGUACCGAUACGUCUCAAAAACCGAAAUCGACCCCAUCUCGAUCCUCUCGGGUCUCGUACAGACUGGUCUCUACCUCGAUUUCUUCUACGUGUACUUUACAAAAGUGAUGAAGGGCAAAAAGUUUGAGUUGCCGGCAUAA